ACCCGCUCGGCCGUGCGUCGUGAGCGUUUAGGUCACAUCGAAUUGGCGGCACCCGUCGCCCACAUUUGGUACACUCGCCGCGUGCCUAGCUAUUUGGGUAUGUUGCUCAAUGUUUCGCGUCGCAAUCUCGACCGCGUCCUCUAUUUUGCGCAAUACGUCAUCACCUUUGUAGAUGAUGAAGCGCGUAAACGUGCGCUAAAGCGGAUUGAAGAAGAACUGAAAGAGGAAGAAGCGAAGCUAGAACAAGAGAUUAAGGCGAAGGCGGGGGAUUCUAAUGCGGCGCCCUUAAUUGCACAAGAACGUCUGCGUGCCGACUUUGAGGUGUUGAAAGAGGUCUUUGAUGAUAAGUUGGCCACGAUGAUCGAUCAAAUCGUCAAAGAAGCCAAAACAAUCGAGACCCGCUUGGGGAAUUUGAUGGGG